AUGAGCAAUUCAGCACAAUCUAUCUCUUGUGCUUCUACACUAUCUAUUUUUCGUGCUUCCACACAAUUCAUCUCAUAUGCUUCCACUUAUUCAGAAUCAAAUGAAACUCUUGAAGGAUUUGUAAAUAGUCUUAAGCUUAAUGUUACUAAUCAAGCUCAAAACUUAGAAGAUGAAGCUCCAAGUUUGAUAGAUAAUAUGGACAAUAGUGGCAUGGUGUUGGCAUCUUCUUCAUGUAUUCUAUUAACUACUCUCCAAAAUUCAAAUUUCAAUUACAAAACUCAAAACAGAGAUUCAGAUAAUACUAAUGAGUUGUCAGGCAAGUCUAUAAAACCUCAAAAUUCUAGUCGCACACUAUGUAGUAAUAGUGGAGUAAUUAAACCUGCGAAAGUUUUAAAUACAGAAGAUUAUGUUGUGCCAACUAGAGGAUGGUCUCCAAAAGCACUUAAUAAAAAAAAGACUAAUGGUAUGACAUGA